UAUAGUGAAUCGCCAUGUUGAAAGAAUUUACAUACACAAUUAGUGAAGAUAAAAACAUAGAAAAAAGCGUUAUUUUGAAUUGAAUUGAUAAAAGGAAUGAUAACAAAUGAUUUUUUAGGAACGUUUGAAAUCACUUACCCCUAAAAGCAUCAGCUCUUUAUUCAAUUUAUAUGUGCAAUUACAGGUAUACCGUGGAAGGUUUUUGGUGGUAAAAAUCAGCUGAUUUGAUAAAAAAAACAAUAACAGUUUUAUAUAGAACUGAUUGCAGUUUAUUUAAACAGUUAUGUAGUCAGUAUGACCCAGCCUUCAUACAGUGCUGCUAAUGUAGCGAGCAGUAGUGAAUGCACAAGAGAACAAUUGCCACCUAUUUUCCUUCAGAAUCAACAAAGUAUUGAGAAUAGGAAUGUGUUGUUCAAUCAAUCUUUCCAUCAGCUACAACAACAUGACAACCAACUAUCACAAAGCACUGAAGCAUUACAUGUAGGAUAUGAAGAUAUUGAUCAAAAGCCAGACCUUGCCAAAAUAUCUAAAGAAAGUGUUAUACAGCCAGCAGAUUCCAACACACCAAAACAACAGUUUGUACCAUGUAAAGUAUGUGGAGAUCGAGCCUCAGGAUUUCAUUAUGGUGUUACUUCAUGUGAAGGUUGUAAGGGAUUCUUCAGGAGAAGCAUUCAGAAACAGAUAGAGUACAGAUGUUUAAGGGAUGGAAAGUGUAUGGUUAUACGACUGAAUAGAAACAGAUGUCAGUACUGCCGCUUUAAAAAAUGUUUGGCUGUAGGAAUGUCUAGAGAUUCUGUGAGAUAUGGAAGAGUACCAAAAAGAUCUAAAAGUGUGGAUGAUCCAUUUGGAGGAUCCAGUGACUUGUAUCCCGAUGAUUCUGCAGCAGAAAGUCGCCAUCUAGCAUUAUAUGACAUCAUCCUCAAUAUCUCUCAAGCACAUCAUGCACAUUGUGCUGUUACGGAGGACAAAAUAAAAUUACUGCAGCGAAAGCAUUCUACAUUGAUGCAGAGAAUAUCAAUACCGUCCUCUCAGGUAAACUUUACAGACGAGCAGCUGGAAACACAGAAACUGUCCAUGUGGUCCUGUCUCGCCCAUUCAAUUACACCUGCUGUAAACAGAGUCGUAGAAUUCGCUAAAAGAGUUCCAAGUUUUACAGAAUUAACACAAGAUGAUCAGUUAUUAUUAAUAAAAGGUGGAUUCUUUGAGAUCUGGUUAACACGUAUGGCGGGAAUGUUUAGUAAAUUUGAUGGGAUGCUGACAUUUGAAGAUGGAAGUAUGAUACAGCGAGAUGAACUGUCUGUUGUGUUCACUCCUGAGUUUGUAAACAGCAUGUUUGAUCUGGCAGCCAGUAUACACCAGUUAAAAUUAAAUGACACAGAGAUUGGUAUCUUUACAGCCAUUGUUCUUACUACUCAUGAUCGUAGAGGAUUACAAGGACCAAAAUAUGUUGAAAGUAUACAAGACAAAUUAUUAGAAGCUUUAAAACUACAAAUUAGUCGGAAUCAUUCAACGGAGGAAAAUCUUUUUGGAAAUACAAUAGUUAAAUUGCCACAUCUACGAACUGUUGGUAUACAACACAAUGAAAUAUUAGAAUGGUACAGAUCACAUUGGGAGAAAGUCAAGUUACCCCUCUUGUUUGCUGAGAUUUAUGACAUACAAAAGCAUGAGGAUGAAUGAAAUAAUAGUAGCUAUAUUGUUAAUGUGUAAUUUUAUCUUAAUCUCAGCUGAUAAAAAAUCCAGUGCAAUUUCCGGUGACUUUUUACAAAUAUAUUCCAAAAUAUAACAAACCUGGUGGGUUAUUUAUAAAGUUUUUCUCACAUACCGGUAAUUCAUUAAAAAUGCUGAAAAUAUAUAUAAUUAUAUCUAAAUGAGAAAAUUACUUGAUUUUUCAGUUGUUUCAACUGUUUAAAAAUUACCAGAAUUCUCAUUAGGAUUACAAUUUGUUACAUAAAAUAAUCAUUCAUUUGUAAACCAGUAAAAUAGAGUAAAACCAGUCUAAAACUUCAUUGAGACACUUGUGGAAACCUAGAGAAAUAGUUCUUCCAAAGUUUUAUUCCAUUCCAUGCAACAUAAGCAUGUAUGUUAAAUAUGGAAAUUCUAUUCAAAAAGAGAGUGAUUUUUAAAGACUAAAGAAAUCUUUUUAAGGUUUGCUAAUGAAAUUCUAUACCCCAAACACAGAACAAAUUAAUUUGGCUCAUUUUUAUCUUAUUUUAAAUUUUACAUUCAUUAUUUUACACUAAUUUCAAUGUUACAAAUGAUAUUUGCCAUGCAGUACAAAUUGCAUUCUAUGUUACUAAGUGUGAAAUUAACAAAGCAAUAGUUUUCCUGUAUACAUUAACCUCAUUUUGUGUUUUCAUUGUAAUGUAUCAUCAAGUUUUAUAUAUUGUUAUUGGUUAGUAUCUCUGUUCCCUUAUACAUGUGUUUCUGAAAGGAACUGAAACUUACCCUUAUACAUGUGUUUCUGAAAGGAACUGAAACUUAACCUUGAAAACAGACUGAAAUCUGAGGCUUGAUGGACUGAAAUCUUACAAGUUUGUGUUUAUAUCUACAUUUAUUCAUAGUGUUACUAAGUACAGUAAGAAACUGCUUAUCAGAGCAAACUACAUUUGUAAGAAAGAGACCACAGCAUUCAUUUAAAUAAUCACUUCCAGGUUCAAAUGUCAUUAGAAGAAUCGAUUUACAAUUUAAGAAAAAAUAACUUUAAUUUGUUACUUUGUGGUUGGAUUUCAGUCAUAAAAGACUCCUGCAUUUCAGUUCUUUAUAAAAGUAUCUUAUGGGUUUAUUUGACAGACAAUAGUGCUAUGAAUAGUUCUGUACAUUGCUUUAUACACUUUUAUGUAGACAUGUUGUAUAACUAUGUUGAUUUUUUAACAAUUUUACCGUAGAUACAGCAUUAUUCUAUAAAAUAGUAAAUGUAUGUUGACAAUUGUGGUUAGUGCUAGUCCACAGAAUUUUCUUUGGAUCCUUGGAAUACAAUUAAGUUAAAGUUUGAAUUGAGGUUAAAAGGGUAAGAUCCCUGUUCUACAACACUCUUUAAAUUCUCAUAUCUUUUUAUGCAUUAUGGAGUUAAAAAUGAAGGACCUCUGUCACCCCUUUUUAUUUGCAGCCUUGAGAAUAGUUAAGGAUAUUUCCACAAUUUCGCGAUAUUGAAUUGCAAAAUAGAAAAAAUAAAUUCUGAGAACAUUUCUCAUUUAACAGUAUAUGGCUUUGUAAAUUUGGUUGGUUCAAGUAUAAGCCAAAACAUAGUAUAAAUCAGUAGAAUUGCAUGUAUCAAUUCAUUGUGUUCAGCCCUUCUCAGUCUUAGCCAUUAAAUGCCUUGUUAAACUGUUUUCAUUAAAAAAUUCAGGGAUGUUAAAGUUUACCUCUUAAAGUUAUAUUUUUGAAUUCUUCUGUUUUCAACGUCAGUAAAAUAGAUCAUAUGAUUUUGUUUGAUUAUUAAAGUCAGUAAUAAAUGGCCAGUAUAAAGUUGUACUACUUAGCAUAUGUAUUAUUGAAUGUAGAUAUAAGACGGAAAGCAUUUUUGACACCAGUUCAUUUAUCAUUAUAUAUGAAAUUUUUUUUUAUAGCUUUAUAGUAAAAUCAAAUUGGAAUGACCAUCUAUUCUCUAUGUCCACUCUUUCCAUGCAUGAAUAGCAGUAUGGUCAAGAUGAAAGUUAGGUUUGAAAAAAUAAGGAUAGAUUGGAAAAUAAGAUAAGUGAACAUUUGAUAAAUACUUUAUGUACCCACACCUGUUAACAGUUAGGUGAAUUGUCUUUCAAAAGUUACAGGAUUCUAUCAAACUAUUUAGGUAGAAUAAAGGCAGGGAAUUAAUCUGGUUCCACCAGACUUAGCUACUAUACCAAAUGAAUAUUUUUAAGCCAUUCGUAUAAUAAUUAAGACUGAAAAUUCUCAGGAAAUAAAUUUGUAUACCAUGACGGUUAAAAGCAUUCACAGAAAUUUUAUAUGUAAGUUGUUUUAUUGAGAUAUUAGUAAUUUGUUAGUUUAUAUCAUAAUCAAUGUUAACGAAUAAAAGUUUUACUGACAGAUUUUAUAUUGUUGUUCAGAUUAGAAUGUUUGUACAGCAAUAUUUGGCCAGAUUUAUUGUUCUGUAGGAACUUAGCUACAGCUUUAUGUUGAGUAAGAGGCAAAUUUUUGUCAAUUUUGUCAAUUUUUUUAAGAUUAUCUUCACUCACAAAAUGGAAAUGUUACAGUUUUAUAUUUGUUUUGUUGAUAUGAUUUCAGAGUUUCAGGCUGUUUUUGUUUUCAGAAUAGGGCACUUGUUAUUUGUUAAAAGUUGAUUAUAUAUGAUGUCUUAUUCAGUUAGACAAUUUUAAUGUACAGAUGACUUGUUGCUGUUUAUCUUAUCAGAUAUUAUUUUAUGUUGCCUUUCAUGAUGAAAAAAUGUGUAUACACAAACUCUCUAAUGGAUAGUUAUAUACUGCAAAAGCUAUUUUCACUAAAAUGUUCAUGACUUGCGAGUAUUCUAUUGACGUAAGAUUUUUAGUGAAAAGGGUCUCUGGAGUUUUAUUUUCUGUUCAUUUUGCUUUCCUGUCUUUUGAAAUAUCUUGAACGGUAUGUUAAAAAGAGCUCUGUUAAAAAAUCCCUGAAAAAGAGUGAAAUUACAUCAAAAGUAGGAUGAUCCCAUCAACAUUUAUUUGUUGUGUAUUAUUUGAAUUACAGGAGAUAAAAGUUAAAUAUCUUUUGUUCACUACUAUUUUUUUACAACAUGAAUAUGAAGAACCAUGGUUUUUGCUUGGAGAAUAUAAUGGGGAAGGUAUUUACAUUUCAGACUUGAUGGUUUGUAAUAAGCUAGACAUUUCCAUGGUACUUUUUUAAACUACUGUAGAAGUUUUUGUCUGACCUGUUGCUGAAGGUGACUUUAAUAUUACUUUUCUGAUAAUGGUAUUUACAGUUAUUAUUACAUCUAAAUCUCAUGUUUACCUUAUUUUAAUUUUAUGGAGGCUGUUUAUACUCUGACUUUUAAAGGCAGGCAGGUAAAUAUGAUUGACAGAUAAACAAUAUGUGGAUUUCAGAUUAUUUACCUGACCUUUGUGAUGUGAAAUUGACCUCAUUUUUGGGUAAAGAUUGCAUAAAAUGCAAUCAAAACCUUAUAGUACUGAUUCGAUAUCUAUAUCUUCCAAAGUUUAUCACUACCUUCGAUUGUUAAAACAAAAGAGUACAGUACAGUGUCCAUUAUUUAGAUCCUACUCCUAGCCAGUCAUGCAAUUUAUUGAUAUGUUAUACUUUGAUAUUUAGGUUACAAUAUGAUGUGUAUUUUAAAUACCAUACUUGUCAAGAACCUUUAUUUUAUUAAAAAUUACAUGUAUGAAUCUGUUAUAAAAAUGAUGAACAAAGGAAGAUAACUCCAACUAAAAUUUUAAAUUUGCCUAGCAUGUUUUAUUUAGAAAUUCACCACCAAUGACACGGUCAGGUUUUCUGGAAAAGAUAUAUUUGUCAGUGACAAUGGUCAGGUCAGGUUAACAAUAUUUUAUAUGUGAAUUCGUUAUAAGAAGAACUACAUCCCACUUGUUUCAUUUUAGCCUUGACCACAUUUACAGAGUUCAUUGACCUAAAAAUAAUUCAGAUUGUGCGGCAAGUGAGACAUUUCAGUUUUUCAAUUCUUGUAUGUGUUGUUAUUUUUUGUGGUUGUUCAAAAUGACAAUUUUAUAAAAUGGAUUUUAUCUAGGCUUAUCCUGUACAUGUCUUUUGGAUAUUUGUGUCCUUUUGUCCAAAAUUAAUAUAAAAAAAGAUUUGAAGAAUCUAUGAACCUUCUCAUUUUCGUGCUGAAGCAAAAAUAAUGGAGUCAUGUUUUGUUUAUGUUUUGUUUAUGUUGUAUAUAGUGGAAGCUACCACUAUUGUGAUGUGAUUUGUGAAAGAAAAAGUAUUAAUGGCUAUAAUUGUUAUUACUUCAAUAUGGACUAAUUCAGAAAUUACUUGGUGAUAAGUUUUUUUUUGGCAAUCUAUUUCCUUCGAGUCAGUCUUCAGUGUAAAUUUAUACAUAGGAAAGGGGGAGGGACUUUCAGAAAGGUAUGAUGACUCUGAUAAAGUUUUUACCCUAAUCCAAACACUUCUAAUGAAUUCAUAUAAAAAUGUAUUUGCAACAAGCCAGUAAUAAUUUAUAAGGAUAGAAUUUGGGAUUUCAGAAUCAGUCAGUUUUGAACACAAACCUGGCAGUUUCUCAAAAUUUGAUUGGAUAGAAUUUGAUGAAGUUGUACGUACAUUUCAGGUAGACUUUUAUACAUUUUGCAGUAGUAAUAUUUUUUUUAUGUCAUAAAUGUUAAUGUCUUGUAGAUCAAGAUGAGAUAUAUUUUGAUAAAAAGAAUCAUAUAUAAAAUGAUCCGUAAUCCACCUUCAUAGUUUAAUGGCCAUCACAGUGUUAUAUCUAUAGUUGUUAACAUUUCACAGAGUAAAUCAUGUGCUGAUCAAAUAAAUAUAUGUAAUACGAA